AAGCGCAAGCGCAAAAUAAUAAAAACAGCUGUUUCUGGAAUUGCUGUUUACAGAUAUGUACAGGAUUCCGUAAUACAUAUUUAUUACAUGCGAAAAUAAAAAUUACAGUUAUGUAUGUCGUCGAUACCUCUUUAGGAAGUAUUGAAACGAUGAAAAUAACCGUAAUUAAUUCAACUGGGGCCUAUUGGGUCGUAGAUGUUUUACCAGAAUUUACCAUAGAUAAAUUAAAAUUAAUGGCAUUAAGUCACUUUUUUAAUCCAUUAGAUAGUAUAAAAGUCUCCGAUAGGUAUAAAUUAAUUCUUGUCUCUCAGAAUCGACCUCUACCAGAUGAAAGCACUAUUCGAGAUGAAGAAAUUCGAGAGAAUGAUGAACUGCUAUUGUUGAAAAGAAGACAUUUAAUAGUACCAAUGGGGGAAUCUCAAGAAGAGAAAGAAGAAAAGUGCCGUGGUCCUAUUGAAUCUGAGAUACAGAAGGAAACCAGUGGUAUUCAUCCUAAAAAUUUGGAUGCAGUUGUUGAAAAUCCAUCAGUGCCUGUUGAUUUUCACACGGAGCUUCGAAAAAUACUUGUCUCUCUUGUGAAAGUAUCUGAGAAGCUGCUGCGAUAUCAUCCUGAAGUUGUAGCAUUAUUCAAAGAGAUGGCAGAAGAGGAAGGAAAAGAAGAUGAGCCAUCUGUGGAUAAAGCGUCAUUAAAGCAAUUGACUGAUAUGGGAUUUGGCCAGAGCCAAGCUGUUGAAUCUUUAAGACAAAACAGCAAUGUUUCAGAUGCAAUGGAUUGGCUUUUGGCGCAGUCAGCACAUGAUGUUAAUGCUCCUGUUGCAACACCUGCAGCAAAAACAAAUUCAUCUCCUGUACAUGUUAGAAAAUUUUCUGUUCCAAAAUUUAGUGUAUCAAAAUUAGUGGACAAAUGUACAAGUGAUAAAUCUUCUGAGAAAGCAUCUUCCUCUGAUAAAUCUUCUGCAUCUACAUCUCAAAAACAGGAUGCAGAAGUACCUAGUACUUCUCAAGGAACUUCUGCACCUAGUGGAGAACAAAGUAGAAUAGUUGAAAUGAUUCGCUGUUUCCGUGCAUAUAAACGGAAAGUGUUUAGACCUAGUAGUGCUGCUCUAGCUAACUUGAAAGAAAUGGGUUUUGCUGAAGCAGAUAUUUUAGAUGCCUUAAGAAUAAAUGGAAAUAAUCAAGAUACAGCUUGUGAUUGGCUUCUAAGUGAUAAGAAGCCUAAUUUUGAAGACGUUGAAGAAGGCCUAGACCCAGAUGGCCCAAUUUAUAAGUCAAUAAUGUCUAAUCCAGUUGUACAGCUUGGUUUAAGUAAUCCUAAAACUUUUUUAGCUCUUCUACACAUGUUAGAGAAUCCUACGAGUGCCUGUCGUUGGUUGAGUGAUCCUGAUACGGCUCCCAUACUUAGUCAGAUUUUCCGCAUCUAUCAUGCAGAAAAGCAUUCACUACAGCUGGCAAGGCCUUUUCCCCAGUAAUAUUUAUACAUGAUUGAUCCAUUGGUCUUUUAUAUCUGCUAAGUCUGUCUUUUAAAAUAAAGUUUUGUGUUUAUAAUGUUGUAUACUAUUCUAAUGAGCAAUAAUUUACAGCUAUCUAAUUUUCUGUUAUUUUCCUAUCUAAAAUUUGUUCAAUUCUUGCAUAUUUUUUGCAUUAUUUAUAUUCAAUUUUUAUCUAUUUUUAUGAUCUUUAAAAAUGUAUAUAUAUACACCAGAAAACAGAACAAAAACUGAAAGUUUUGUUAAAAGCUUUGGGAAUAAUAUUAAUUUUAUUGACCUCUGUGCUAAAUGCAUGAAAGUAUUGAAGUUAUAACUAAAAAAGAAAUGCAUUUCUUACAUUUAUUUACAUUACAAUACUGAAUUGUUAUUAAAUUUUAUACUAAUGUACUUUAUUCUGCUUGAAAUGUAUCUUUCAAAAAAUAUGAGAAAUGCAAUAUUUUGUCAUACCCACUCCUUCCUUAACAUUUUAAUAUUUCUCUGCAAAAAUUGAUUAUUAAAAAAAGAAUACUGUAAUAAAAAAUAUUUUUCUAGGUCAUUUUAAAUGAAGUUCGUGUGGUUAUUAUUUAUUUUAUGAUUUCAAAUUUUUGAAUUGGAAAAAAAAAACAAAAAAAACAUGAUAGAAAUGGUGUGAUAAAAAAUUUUUCCACCCCAAAAUGAUUUACGAAUUGAAAAAAUUUAUAAAUUACUUAACAAUUUAAAGUCCCAGAAAAAUUUAUUACAUAUGAUAAAAAUUAAAUCAGUAUAGUAAAAGUGUUGUUAUAAAAAAAUAUUUCAUUAUUCUUGCUUGAAUUCCUUGGUUUUCUUGAUUAGUAAAGAUUAUAUAUUAAAAAUUCAUAGUUUUAUAUAUUAAAUAGUUAUGAAAUGUUCUAAAAAAUUUAUGUGGGUUUUUUCAUUUUUAUUUUAAUUGAAUUGAAUAAAAUGGAAAUAGACUGAAAUAAAAUUAUUAUAUUUAAUUGUCUGAGGUUAUUGAAUUCCGUGCCCUGUUUAUCCCUUUGGAUUUGAGAGAAGGGAUUAUUAUUUCAGGUAAAUUUGUCAUUUUUUUCUCACUGCAAUAUGACCAUAAUUCUGUUAAUAUUUUCAGUUUUAUUAUUGCAAUAAUGUUCUUGCAAAUUAAGAAUUCACUGAAAAUACUAUUGAUUUUUUUUAAUGUAAAAUGUUUAAAAACUGUGUUUGGGGAAAAAAGUUAUUAGAAGAAUUUAUUAAUAAUUUUAUAAAAUGUUAUCUCAUUGUGAUUAAAAAAAUAAAUUAAAUGUAGCUUUUGUCUUUGUGUAAAAUUUUCAUAUUGUUUAAUGGGUGUGAAUAAAAUCAACAAUCUAAGUCAUUUUUAUUCAUGUUCUAAUAUGUAGUGAUAUAUUUUUAUGACAUUUAAUACUUUAUUUAACUAAUUUAUGUUUGUUGACUGGAAUUCUCGUUAAUGAAAAGUGUUGAAUUAGUAAGAACUGGCUUAUGUUAUUACUUUUAGUUUUUUUCUGCAUUUACUGCAUAUAUAGCUUCUUUGGUUUGCUUAUGUUUUCAUUUAUUUUGCUGAAAGAUUUCAACAAAGUACUUUGCAACCCUAAAUCAGUUGCUUUUCUCUCCCUCCCUUGCUCAAUGUUUCUUUAAACUUUGAAACUGUUUUUAUUUUUGAGCAAUGCCCCAAAGCUAUGUAAUAUGGAAAAAAGCAUAACACUGUUUAAACCAUAAUUUGCUCAUUGUUUAUCAAUUCCAUGCCAAUAAACCAAAUUAUUAUUAGAGAGCUAAGAUAAUUAUUAAAUUUGUAUAUUAUUGAAAAGAAUCCCUGUAUUUUUUCUGCAAAUUAAUAGAUAAAUUAUUUUUGAAAUUAUAGAUAUCAAUAUUAACUAAUAUUGAUUAUAUAUAUAUAUAUAUAUAUAUAUAUGAAUGUAAGUUCUCAAGGAACUUGUAAGUUUGAAUUUUGUGAUAUGUUACUUACUCUACCAUAAAUUUUCAAUGGUAACAUUAUUUCAAGGUGAACAAUCUAACUGAAAUAUACUUAUGGAUAUUGUUUUAUGUGUUCUACUAAUUAUUAUUUUUUGAAAAUCUUUUAUUGCUUUCAAAUCUUCAUACUUUUAUUAAUCUGUAGUAGACUGAAUAGCAAAAUUGAAACAUUAUACCAAAAUUAUAAGUAAAAUAUACUUUUGUUAGACCUUUUAAAUAGAAUAUUAACUUUUUUUUAUCUAGUUUGUGAUAUAUUCUAACAAUGUUUCAAAAAUAAGUUUUUUGCAUAAAAAUAGAAUAAAUUUGAAAAGGAACUGUAAUGAUCUUGUUCUGUGUAUUUCAAGUGCAAAAGAACCAUUUAAAUCUGUUUCUAAUUUUGAAAUUUUCAUAUGCUGUAAAGCAUGAUUCGAAUAAAUAUCAAGGUACUCUUUCUUUAGCUAUCCAGUCCUAUUUUCUAUGAUUUUUUUGAUUUCUUAGGAUUACUGUGUCCUGUUUUGCAAUUUCUACUUUGCAAUAAAAAAUUACAGUCCUAGUUUCUUUUAGAUGCAUGUACAUUUGUGUACAUUAAAUCUAUAAAAACUAAAUCUUUCUAAUAUUGAUGCCAUUUUAACUCAUGUGCCAUAUAAUCAUAAUUUUAAAUUGUUUUUUUCUCCAGUAGCUACUUAUGGAUGACUUAAGAGCAGAAUUGCUUUCAUGAUUCAUUUACUUUCAAAACAUAUUUUUCAUAUGUAUUUGGAAACAAUUGUUGUUGUUUGGUAAAUAAUAAUUCUGUUUCUUUUAGAUAAUAAAAUUACAGCUUAGCUUAGGUUUAAAAUCCAGAUUUUGAUGCUGUGAUUGUUGUUGUUAUUAGUUCAUAUGAAGUUGAUUGUUUAAAGUAUUGCAUGAACACUUAAAGAUUUAUAAUUUUUGAGUGGUUCCUUUGAUAUUCCUUUUCCCUUUGUUAUUGAUUUUAUAUCUUGCCAAUUUUUGGAAAGUUGUUUUUUGGAUUUAUUUAGGAAAUCUUGAUUUCAUACAUGUUUUUUGCAUUAAAAUUCUCAAAUGCUUUAAUCUUGUGCAAAAAAAAAAAAAAAAAAAACACUCAAAUGAUCAGUGGAAAAUACUUGUACAAAUAUGUUAAUUUUAUUAAUUUUUUUUUAUUAUUUUUAAUCAGCUGUGAAAAUGUUAUAUAUUUAGAAAAAAAGGGAGAGACUUUUGCCCAAUUUUUCUUAAUGAUUUUAAUAAUCUUUUUAAUACUAAAAAUAUUUAAUCUUCCUUAAUGAUUUUUUAGAAAUAUAUAGUAUAAAAUCUUUACGGAUUACAAUCAAAAUAAUUAGACUAGCAGUAAGAGUACUAACUUUUUUUAAAAAAAAAAAUUCUUUAAUUGUUUAAAGUAUUGAUUUUUGCUGCACUUUUUGCUAAUAAACCAUUAUUUAACUACAAUUUUUUUUUCUAAGACAUUUUAGAUGAAAUCUUCAGCAAGUAUAAGUUUCAUUGAUCUUCAGCAUAAAAAUGUCAGUGAAAACUUCAAGGUCAUUAUCUCAUUAGUAUUUUAAAGCAUUUAUUCUCAAAUUUUAUUCACUUUAAAACAUAUAUCACUGUAGUCUGUUGCCUUAAAUUCCAUAGCGAAAAAUAAAUAAUAUGCAUUAUACUGCCACUGCUUGCCUAUAACUUAUCAAAUUAAUUCAGUGUUGUAUGUAUAUGUAUAUAUAUUUUAAAUGUAUAUAAAUGUUCAUAACUAUUUUGCGUUCAUUUACUCUGUAUAAUAGAUAUUUGCAAAUAUUAUGCUAUUUUAUGACAAAACCUUCUAUUAAAAUAUUACAGCUUUCUACAGCAAAGAAUGACUUGUGAUGGCAAUAAUUUUUUCUAUGUGAUUGACUGUUUGCUGGAUAAUUUAGUUAAUUGUAUUGUUCUACCUAUCUAGUCUGUAACUAAUGUGAAAAAAAAAAAAGCUUUUUCCAAAGUUUUUUUUCUUGUUAGAAAGAUCUUUCCCAGAUUUAUUAGUUCUGUGUUAAGCAUAUUUAUUGAACAUUACAGUGUUUUAAAAAGUGAAACUGUAUAAUUUAGUUCAUAAAUAAAUCAUUGUGAUAUUUAUGAUUUGUUGCAGUAAAAUUGUUAAUAU